AUGAGUCCUGGGAAUGCAACAGACUUCUCUGAAUUAUUCCUCCAUGGCUUCCCUACCCAGCCAGAGUUUCAAGGGCUCCUCUUCCUGCUAUUCCUCUCCAUGUACCUGCUGGCCAUUCUGGGGAACGCAACAAUCAUCUUCUUGAUCCGUUCUGAUUUACAGCUCCUCCAUGCUCCUAUGUAUUUCUUCCUCAGCAACCUCGCCUUAGCUGACUUGGGCUUCACCUCCACCACCGUACCCAAAGUGCUAGAAAACUUCUUGUCUCGUAAAAAGACCAUCUCCUAUCAUGCCUGCCUGGUACAGAUGUACUUUUAUAUAUCUUUUGGCAACUCAGACAGCUUCCUGUUGGCUUCCAUGGCCUACGACCGUUACGUGGCCAUCUGUUCCCCGCUGCGUUAUUCUGCCCUGAUGAGCCGUAAGCGUUGUCUCCUCCUCGCAGCCGUGUCCUGGGUUAUCCCUAUAGCCCACUCUCUGCUUUAUACCAUUUUGAUGUCCCACAUUUCUUUCUGUGACUCUAGGGAGAUCCCACAUUUCUUCUGCGAUCUUUACCCUGUGUUGGAAAUCUCUUGCUCAGACAGCAGUGUCAUAGAAAGGCUGCUUCUGACUGAAGGGUUGGUGGAGGUCCUGGGUCCGUUUCUGCUGAUCGUCAUCUCCUAUAUGCGCAUUUUCUACACCAUCCUGAAGAUUCCAUCCAACUCUGGAAAGAAAAAGGCUUUCUCCACCUGCGGGUCCCACAUUGCUGUGGUGGUCUUGUUUUAUGGCACCGUGAGCUGGGUUUAUUUCAAGCCACGUUCCAACAACUCGGAUCGCAAGGACACUGUGGCCGCUGUCAUGUAUACCAUGGUGACCCCUAUGCUAAAUCCUUUCAUCUACAGUCUCAGGAAUAGUGAAAUGAAAGCAGCCAUGAAGAGGAUCAUUAGGCGCCAUUUUCAUUAG